CAGCCGGCCCCCGCGCGUUGAGCCGCGCACCCGGCGGCCGCGGGGCCCAAGCUGGGGGCCGGGUGGCGGCUGGCGGGGGCGGCUCCAUGCGCCACACGUGCGGCCGCGCGAUCGCCGGCCAGGUGAGCCGGAGCCAUGGGGCAGGCGGGCUGCAAGGGGCUCUACCAGUCGCUCUUCGACUACAAGACGGAGAAGUACGUCAUCGCCAAGAACAAGAAGGUGGGCCUGCUCUACCGGCUGCUGCAGGUCUCCAUCCUGACCUACCUGGUGGUUUGGGUGUUCCUGGUGAAGAAGUGUUACCAAGACACGGACACGUCCCUGCAGAGCAGCAUCAUCACCAAAGUCAAGGGCGUGACUUUCACCAACACCUCGGAGCUUGGGGAGCGGCUCUGGGAUGUUGCUGACUACGUCAUCCCACCCCAGGGAGAGAACGUCUUCUUCGUAAUCACCAACCUGGUCGUGACCCCCAACCAGCGGCAGGAAACCUGUGCUGAGAGUGCAAGUGUUCCCGAUGCCCUGUGCUAUGAGGACAGCGACUGCCCUCCCGGGGAACCUGUUGCGGCUGGAAAUGGAGUGAGGACGGGCCACUGCCUGCGGGAGGGGAGCGCACAGAAGGGCACCUGUGAGAUCUUCGCCUGGUGCCCAGUGGAGACAAGAUCCAGGCCAACGAAGCCACUCCUGGGCGAAGCUAAAGACUUCACUGUUUACAUAAAGAACUUCAUUCGUUUCCCCAAAUUCAACUUCUCCAAGACCAAUGUGCUGGACACCACAGACAGAACUUUCCUGAAGUCCUGUAAGUUUAGCCCUGAGAACCCCUACUGCCCCAUCUUCCGACUGGGCUCUGUGGUCAGCUGGACGGGGAGCAACUUCCAGGAGAUAGCGGUGCAGGGCGGCGUGAUAGGAAUUCAGAUUGAAUGGGACUGUGAUCUUGAUAAAGCGCCUUCUGAAUGUUACCCUCGCUAUUACUUUAACCGUCUGGACAACAGAUUUUCAGGAAACUCUAUCUCUUCUGGGUACAACUUCAGGUUUGCCAAGUACUACCGAGACGCAGCCGGGGUGGAGUUCCGCACACUGUUUAAAGCCUACGGGAUCCGCUUCGAUGUGAUGGUGAAUGGCAAGGCCGGCAAGUUCAACAUCAUUCCCACGAUCAUCAACGUGGGCUCAGGGGUGGCACUCAUGGGAGUGGGGUCUUUCUUCUGUGACCUGGUACUCAUCUACUUCAUCAAAAAGAGCCACUUUUAUCGAGACAAGAAAUACGAGGAAGUGAGGGACCUAGAGGUCCUCGCCCAAAUGGCAGAGUCCUCACAGCAGAGCGUGGCCCCGGAUGCAGCGGGGCUGGCGGAACAGCCAGAGGUGCAGGAUGAAGGCGGCGCCCAGAAGGAGAAUGGCUGUGUGUGUGGGCAGCUCCUCCAGCCCGCCAGGUCCGGCCACCAGGGGAACGGAAAGGUGAAUGUGGAGCAGCUGCAGAGCCUGCAGACCAUGGAGGCGUAGCCAGAGAUGCUGGCUGAGAGCAGAUUUACGAGAAUUGUCCACACCUCUGAAGUGGGAAGAGUCCCGUCGUCGUCCACAUAGGACCAGGCUUCCAGGGACUGCACCUCUCCUGCACUUUGGGAUCUUGCUACAAGCUUCUUGUUAUGUGUGUGGGGAAGGGGGGGCCUCCCAGUGGGCACAGUGGCUCAUGCAGAAGAGGCCCUAAAGCACAUUCAGUUACUCAUUCAUCCAUGUGGUAAACAGUUUUUGAUGCCGGCUGUGGGCUGGACCCUGUCCAAAAGAUGCUUGAAUGAGACACUGACCUGGCCCUCAGAGAGGGGAGCACUCAUCUAAUUCCCUUCGGAGCUGAUGGACGUGACAGCUGGGCCCCACACUCUGGCCUGCCUCCAGCCGCUAGCUGAGACCUGUACCGUUAGCCUGAAACCCUCAGAGCAAAUGAUGGCUCCUCACAGAAAGACCUUGGUCAACACCCAUGCGGACAUUUGGCCUUGCCCCCAGGGGUGAAAUUUAAAGGUGUCCAAGGAGGCGACCAGCAAAGGACUAAAGGACUGGACCUGUGAGGAGGCAGCCGGCCAUGAGGGGAGGAGGAGGAGAGCCUCAGGGAGCCUGGGGGACAGCGUCUCACCCCAAUGGGAGAUGUGCUUGCCUGUGUGGUUGGGCUCUCGCUGUUCUGUUGGGCUUGUUUUUCCCUGUUCGGCUUCCCUUCCUCUAAGGCCCCAUCUGAAGGGAUAAAUGAGAUGAUGGAUGGUGCUCAAUGUCAAGUGGAAACAGCUUUAAGUAAGCUGGUCCUUGACCCCCUCCCUCAGUUGCUGUAAAGCACUGCUGUUCAACGCGUGGUCCGUGGACUCGCAGCGCGGGCAUCACCUAGGUGCUUGUUAGAAAUGCAGUCUCAGGCCCCUCCCGCCCCCCCCAAAUCAGAGCCUGCAUUUCAACAGGAUUCCCAGGUGAUUCAUGUGCAUGUGAAAGUCUGAGAAGCAGUGCUUGAGGAGAUAUGCAAGGCCUGGCUCUGAAAAGGCCCGCUUUGGUGGGUGGUGUCAAUUUCCGGGUCACACUGCCACUGAAGUUACCUCGAGACCGAGCAGAUUCCCUCCUUCCCUGCCCUGGGAAAGUGACAUUAUGCUCAAUUCAUUCAAAUUAUUUUGAGUAGGUCAUACUUAAAUGAUUCAAAACUUAAGAGGUACAGAGGAACAGAAGUGAAAAGCUUUUCUUCCACCCCUGUUCCCCGAGGCAACCUGUGCUACCAAUUCCAAGAGGCUCACCAGUCUUGCUGAGAAUCCACUGGGUUACUCAUGUCUUCCCUCAGGAAAUGAACAUUGCCACCUGCACUCAGACCAAGUCCCUGCUGUCGGACGUGAUGGAAUGUGCUGGGCUGGGGAGCCCCUGCAUGAGGGGAAGGGCCUAGAGCUCCAUCACUGUUGGAACCACCGGGCAGCCAAGGCCUGCGGUGCUGCCUGUCUCCCCGAGAGCCCGGGUGCUGUCUGAGCACUUGCCCUGCCUCCAGGGAGCAUUCUCUCUGUGAGGACCCUGGCUCUCCUCUGCCCAGAGGGGGCAGUAAGCCCUCUUCCGCUGGGGCCUUUGAGGAGAGGGUCAAAGGGGCAUGGUCCCCAGAAGAGGACCCCUUGGAGAGCAAGCAGCUCCUCCCCCUGGGCUGCCAGGCGACCUGUCAGUAAGCCCAAACUGCUGCUCUGACAAGAAAGUGAGAAACGCAGGUGAUCUGCUGUGGUGUCUCCUUCCUCUCUAAGGCAAACCCUUGGAUUUAAUAACACAGCAUGUUACUUGUAUGUCUGGAAGGGAGUUCAAAGGGCCGGGGUCUCAGCUGCUUAGCAGUUGGUCUGGUUUCCUUUCACCUGUUUUUUGAGUCGCUUGGCAGCAGCCACACCAUUUACAGACAGCUGUGUACUUGUUUUACACUGGGAUGGACAUGUCUUCCUACAGUUAUCCAUCCAGUCAGUAAACAGUAUUGAGUGCCUCUCGUGUCGAGUGUUGGACCAAAUGCUGAUGGCAGUGGCGAGCGGCACAGAAACGGCCUCUGCUCCCAGGUGCCCAGUGUCUAGGGGUCACACACCAGUCACAAGCAGGACGGGAUGCUUCGAGAGUCCUCCGUGAGGCGCGGCCAGAUUUCCACAAGGAAGUGACAUGUGAGUUGAAAUCUGAAAGGUUAGUAACAGUCUAACUAGGUGAGGGGAAGCAUCCAGGUCAGGGAACCACACGUAGAAAAGACAUGAGGAGGACUUAGCGAGGACUGGAUGAACAGUGUGCCUGGAGCAGCUUCUGUGACAUUUUCAUCACGUGGGCAUUCAUUACUUUUAAGGGUUGCCCCUUUAAACCUCCUGCCAUAGAGGACUUGUUUCUUUAAGUCCAGCAAAACCUUCCUGGUGGCUUCCCCACUAGAUGUCAGGAGCCCCAUGCACAGAUGGCCCUGUGACCCCCAUCACAGCUUCUGGAUAGUCACACAUAGCCAGUUCCCUGGCUUUUGCACAGUUCUCCCCACCACCUGCCUAAUCUUGACUCUGAAGGGGGAAGAAGAGGAGCAGGAAUCUGAGCACUUUUCACACUUGGGAAAGCCCCUUUCCCUCGGCACAGGAAGAUGACCAUGCCAGCCUCUCAGAUCUGUCCAUGCUGACAUCUCAGUAUCACAGGAAUUGUCUAUGGUUAUGUUCAAGCCUUGGCCUAAAAGCCAUCUGCCUAAUGUCUUUCUGACAAUCAGACUUAUUCCAUGCCUUUGGAGUACCAUGAUGCUGGCCAACAGGAAAGUUUUAAAUUAAAUGCUAUUAGUGUGACAUGAUGGGGACCAGCCACUGAAAGAGCAGAGUGCCCUUUACUCAUGAUGCAGGGUCAUCAGGACUGAUCCAUCAUGGAUGCUUUUCUGCUCCCCCCUCAACCCCAUCAGUUCCUCUCUCAAUGGCUAGCUGCCCCACUGGGGGACCAGUCAUAAACGGGGAAUGUGACUUCCUCCAGGUGUCUCCGAGUGCCCCGGAAAGUCCUUACAUCACUCCACGUGGAGAGGCAUCUUGGAUGUCUGGUCUACUUGGUUCCAGCCUGCCCCUCUCCUCACCAAGUGGUACAACUUUCCUCAGAGCAUAUUCUCCAGGGGAGCCAAGAAUGCUGUCUACAAAAGACACCUUUCUUCCAGCUCUUUCCCCUUAGGCCCAUUCACAGAAUUAAAGCAGGGAGGAGGAUGGCAAGCAUUUCCUGGGUCCUGCCCAAUACAUGCAUUCUCUGACAUUUUAAUUUGGCUAUAAGACAAUAAAAGGUGUUAACUUUAAA